UUGGGGAAAGGGGGAACCCGUGGCUCCUUUGCUUCAACCGCAAAUCCCGUCGCACCCGGCCAUGAGGCUUUUGCUAGGGCACCUCAGGCAGUCUGGGUUCGAGGGAGGAGGAGCGAGGGAUGGGGCAGUCCCCUCACCGCCAACUGGGAAAAGGCUGAGAGGCCACAGGGAGUGCCUGGAAGGUGGGAUUGCCACGAGGUUGGGGAAACGGGAUGGAAGUGGCUUGGACCCAGUGAGAGGGGCACAGUUGGGGCCGGCUGGGGCCGCAGGCGGUAACGCGGCCCCUGGCCCUCCCCAGCCCCGGGGCCCGCCCUCCACCCGGGCGACUAGGCGGGGGGCAGGGAAGACCAUGGCCCGCCUCUUCAGCCCCCGGCCGCCCCCCAGCGAAGACCUCUUCUACGAAACCUACUACAGCCUGAGCCAGCAGUACCCGCUGCUGCUACUGCUGCUGGUGAUCGUGCUCUGCGCGCUCCUGGCGCUGCUGGCUGUCGCCUCCGCCAGCGGCCGGGAGCUAGCUUCAGACCCAGGCUUCCUGACCACUGUGCUGUGCGCGCUGGGUGGCUUCUCGCUGCUCCUGGGCCUGGCUUCCCGGGAGCAACGACUGCAGCGAUGGACACGUCCCCUGUCGGGUCUCGUAUGGGCAGCGCUACUCGGGCUAGGCCACGGCUUCCUGUUCACUGGGGGCCUGGUGAGCGCCUGGGACCAGGUGUCCUUUUUCCUCUUUGUCAUCUUCACCGUGUACGCCAUGUUGCCCUUGGGCAUGCGGGAUGCCGCUGCUGCGGGCCUUGCCUCAUCGCUCUCCCACUUGCUGGUCCUUGGGCUGUACCUUGGGCCUCAGCCGGACUCAAAGCCGGCGCUGCUGCCACAGCUGGCAGCGAACGCGGUGCUGUUCCUGUGCGGGAACGUGGCGGGAGCGUAUCACAAGGCGCUGAUGGAGCGCGCGCUGCGCGCCACGUUCCGCGAGGCACUUAGCUCCCUGCACUCGCGCCGGCGGCUGGACACCGAGAAGAAGCACCAGGAACACCUUCUCUUGUCCAUCCUUCCUGCCUACUUGGCCCGAGAGAUGAAGGCAGAGAUCAUGGCACGACUGCAGGCUGGACAGGGGUCACGGCCAGAAAGCACCAACAACUUCCACAGCCUCUAUGUCAAGAGGCACCAGGGAGUCAGUGUGCUGUAUGCUGACAUCGUGGGCUUCACCCGGCUGGCCAGUGAGUGCUCUCCUAAGGAGUUGGUGCUCAUGCUCAACGAGCUCUUUGGCAAGUUCGACCAGAUCGCCAAGGAGCAUGAAUGCAUGCGGAUCAAGAUCCUGGGAGACUGUUACUACUGUGUCUCUGGGCUACCGCUCUCCCUGCCAGACCACGCCAUCAACUGCGUGCGCAUGGGGCUGGACAUGUGCCGGGCCAUCAGGAAGCUCCGGGCAGCCACUGGCGUGGACAUCAACAUGCGUGUGGGCGUGCAUUCGGGCAGUGUGCUCUGCGGAGUCAUUGGGCUGCAGAAGUGGCAGUAUGAUGUCUGGUCCCAUGAUGUCACACUGGCCAACCACAUGGAGGCGGGUGGCGUGCCAGGACGAGUGCAUAUUACAGGGGCUACCCUGGCCCUGCUGGCAGGGGCUUAUGCUGUGGAGGAUGCAGCCAUGGAACACCGGGACCCAUACCUUCGGGAGCUAGGGGAGCCUACCUACCUAGUCAUCGAUCCCCGGGCUGAGGAAGAGGAUGAGAAGGGCACUGCAGGAGGGUUGCUGUCCUCUCUCGAGGGCCCCAAGAUGCGUCCGUCGCUGCUGAUGACCCGCUACCUGGAGUCCUGGGGCGCCGCCAAGCCUUUUGCCCAUCUGAGCCACCUAGAGAGCCCUGUGUCCACCUCUACCCCUCUCCCGGAGAAGACCCUGGCUUCCUUCAGCCCCCAGUGGAGCCUGGACCGGAGCCGUACCCCCCGGGGGCUAGAUGAUGACCUGGACACUGGGGAUGCCAAGUUCUUCCAGGUCAUCGAACAGCUCAACUCUCAGAAACAGUGGAGGCAGUCAAAGGACUUCAACCCACUGACACUGUACUUCAGAAAGAAGGAACUGGAGAAAGAGUACCGACUCUCUGCCCUCCCCGCCUUCAAAUACUAUGCAGCCUGCACCUUCCUGGUUUUCCUUUCCAAUUUCAUCAUCCAGAUGCUGGUGACAAACAGGCCCCCAGCUCUGGCCAUCACCUAUAGCAUCACCUUCCUCCUCUUCCUCCUCCUCCUCUUCGUCUGCUUCUCAGAGCACCUGACGAGGUGUGUCUUGAAAGGCCCCAAGAUGCUGCACUGGCUGCCGGCACUGUCUGGCUUAGUGGCCACACGGCCCGGACUGCGAGUUGCCCUGGGCACAGCUACCAUCCUCCUGGUUUUUGUGAUGGCCAUUCCCAGCCUGUUCUUCUUACCGGCAGCAUCAAACUGCCCUUUUGGGGCUCUCAAUGUGUCCUCCAUGGCUUUCAACAUCUCCUGGGAGCUCCCUGGGUCCCUGCCUCUCAUCAGCGUCCCCUACUCUAUGCACUGCUGCGUGCUGGGGUUCCUGUCCUGCUCCCUCUUUUUGCACAUGAGCUUCGAGCUGAAGUUGCUGCUGCUCCUGCUAUGGCUGGGGGCCUCCUGCUCCCUCUUCCUCCACUCCCACGCCUGGCUGUCCGACUGCCUCAUCGCCCGCCUCUAUCCGGAUCCCUCGGACUCCAGGCCAGGGGUGCUGAAGGAGCCCAAACUGAUGGGAGCUAUCUCCUUCUUCAUCUUCUUCUUCACCCUCCUGGUCCUGGCUCGGCAGAAUGAGUAUUACUGCCGGCUGGACUUCCUGUGGAAGAAGAAGCUGCGGCAGGAGCAGGAGGAGACAGAGACCAUGGAGAACCUGACUCGGCUGCUGUUGGAGAAUGUGCUCCCUGCACAUGUGGCCCCCCAGUUCAUUGGCCAGAACCGGCGCAACGAGGACCUCUACCACCAGUCCUAUGAGUGUGUCUGUGUCCUGUUCGCCUCAGUUCCAGACUUCAAGGAGUUUUACUCUGAGUCCAACAUAAACCACGAGGGUCUAGAGUGUCUGCGGCUGCUCAAUGAGAUAAUUGCUGAUUUUGAUGAGUCUCCAAAGGCCUGGGGCUGGGCCUCUGAGAGGGAGGCAGGAGAGAGCAAGAAAGACUGGGGACACAGCUUCCUUUCUAUACAGCUGCUCUCAAAGCCCAAGUUUAGCGGGGUGGAGAAGAUCAAAACCAUCGGUAGCACCUACAUGGCAGCUACAGGCUUAAAUGCCACCUCCGGACAGGACGCACAGCAGGACGCUGAGCGCAGCUGCAGCCACCUUGGCACCAUGGUGGAGUUUGCGGUGGCUCUUGGAUCAAAGCUGGACGUCAUCAAUAAGCACUCUUUCAACAACUUCCGCUUGCGUGUGGGGUUGAAUCACGGACCUGUAGUGGCUGGAGUGAUCGGGGCCCAGAAGCCGCAGUAUGACAUCUGGGGCAACACAGUGAACGUGGCCAGCCGCAUGGAGAGUACAGGAGUCCUGGGCAAGAUCCAGGUGACUGAAGAGACGGCCCGGGUGCUGCAGUCCUUAGGCUACACCUGCUACAGCCGGGGUAUCAUCAAGGUCAAAGGCAAAGGGCAGCUCUGCACCUACUUUCUGAACACAGAUUUGGCACGAACCGGACCUCCCUCGGCCACCCUAGGCUGAGACCCCCAUCAUCCUAAGAUCCUCAAUAAAAAGACUCUGGUAUGAUGGGAGCCAAUUGGUGUCAGAAGCUUCUGGUAUAGCUGCAGAUCACCUUCUCCUUGCCUCUCAGCAAGCUAAACUUGCUUCUUCCCAAGCUAAAGUGAGUGUUUGUAUAUAUGCAAGGGUGAUCAUGAGUGUGCUGGAGAGGAGUGAUUCUUUUUCACAAGCUCAAGAAGAGAACUGCCUCAGCCUCCCUGCCUGAUUCCAGUAUUUUGUACACCUUGGAAGCAUAAAGAAAUUUAGCCACAUGGCUCAAAA